GGGCCGGUACCGCCGCCAUGGACCCGUUCCUGGUGCUGCUGCACUCGGUGUCGACCGGCCUGUCGAGCGCCGAGCUGACGGAGCUGAAGUUCCUGUGCCUCGGGCGCGUGGGCAAGCGGAAGCUGGAGCGCGUGCAGAGCGGCCUGGACCUCUUCACCGUGCUGCUGGAGCAGAGCGACCUGGAGCCCGGGCGCCUGGGCCUGCUGCGCGAGCUGCUCGGCUCGCUGCGCCGCCACGACCUGCUGCGGCGCCUGGACGGAUGCCUGCGUCCCAGCCUGGACUUCACCCACCUGUCCCACCUGACUCCACCCUCUGCCCACAUCCACCGGCCCAUCUACCGUCCUCUGUCCACCCAUCAGGGCAUCCAACGAGACAGGGAAUGGGCUGUCGCAGGCGGUGAGCCACAGCAAGAGAACCCGCUGUUCAGCACCACAGAGAUGGAGAUGGAGACAGGAGCCCCCGGCACCCAUGCCCAGUUCCCCACCCAGGUACGAGGAGGCUCUGCAGGGUGGGGUGAGCCCCAGGGAGGUGUCCACGGUGAUGCUGACCUCAUGGAGGAGCAGCAGGCAGCUCCCACAUUUGCCGCCUUGACGGGGCGGCCCGGAAGCUCCUGUGGGCAGCAGCUGGCCCUAGAGCACGCCUGA